AUGGGGAGGAGUUUACGAGAUCGAUACAUCUUCUUCACCACCAUCUCCCUCCUAUUCAUCUUCCUCACCAGCUACUACUGGCGGAAUGACAUCUCAGACGUCUCGACGCCCAUCUUCGAGGAGAUCCAUGACAAUCUAAUCGGGCCAACAACCACGGCUCCGUACCCGAAAUACAAACCCACCCCUCCAGCCAGGAGUUUACCCAUCGUUGAUAACUUCCCACAUGCCCUCGCCGCGCAUGCAGCUGCCGACCUCCCUCCAAUUCCAUCAUGGAAUAAUCCUCCCACUCCUCAUGUCCUCGAAAAGACCCCUCUAUUCAUCGGCUUCACGAGGAAUUGGCGCCUGCUUCAACAAGUUGUGGUCUCGUACAUCACAUCAGGAUGGCCGCCAGAGGAUAUUUACGUCGUGGAGAACACGGGCGUGAUGGAUUCUAAUAAGCAAGGGCGGCUGUCUCUUCAGAAUCCCUUCUUUCUCAAUCAUACGCGUCUGGAGAUGCUGGGUGUCAAUGUUUUGGUCACACCUACGCUGCUCACUUUCGCUCAACUUCAAUCUUUCUACAUGUUCCACUCCAUCUCCCAGGAUUGGAGUACGUACUUUUGGUCCCACAUGGACGUAGUCUCCGUCUCCUUCGAAGACCAAUACUACGCCUUCAAACAAACAACCACAACCCCCAUCCUGCCCUCGUCCGACUCCAAACACGAUUACUCCGACUACGAAUCCGUUUACACAAAAUGUCUCGACGCCCUCCGCAAUGUCACGGCCCCGGACCCCGCAACCGGCAAACUGUCCCGCUGGGCCAUGCGCUUCUUCUCCUACGACCGCCUGGCCCUCGUCAACGUCGCGUCCUUCGUCGAGGUCGGCGGCUGGGACACCCUGAUCCCGUUCUACAUGACGGACUGCGAUAUGCACGCCCGGCUCGAGAUGGCGCAUUUCGACAUCAAGGAAGUGCCCGCGGGACUGAUAUACGAUGUAGCGAGUUCGCUGGAUGAUCUGAUCGUGCUGUACCGCAAGACGGGGCCGGAGACGCCGGAGGCGAGUUUCAAGGACCCGAAUGCGAUUGAGGAGGAAUUGAAGGCUAUUGCUGAGAGUGAGGCUGCUGCUAGUAAGGCUGGGUUGGGGGAGAAUAAUGAGGAGGUGAAGAAGACGGAGAAGAGGGAUGAAGAUAAGACGGAAAGCGACAUCCAAGCCGAGAAAGCGUGGGAGAAAUUCGCAGAAGGACAGAAACCACCAGGAGGCGCAGGGAGCACUACAUCCACCUCGACAUCAACCUCCACCAUCUCCCCCGCAACCGCAACGCCAACCCCCGAAUCAAGCGGAGAAUGGACAGAAGACACCAUCUUCUCGCCCGCCUUCCAAAAACUAAUGCAAGUCCUCGACCGCAUGCAAGGCUCGAAGCACGAAAAUACACGCGGCAGAAACACAUGGCAAUCGCGGCAGGUGGGCGGACAAGGCGACCCGUUCUACCGGGACAGCGAGGGUUUCGACCAGGGGAUUCAGAUGACGAUCGAGCAUGGCAGGAGGGUGUUUGCGGAUAAGUGGGGACAUCGGGAUUGUGAUAUUGUGGCGAAGGGGUUGGUGCCGGAGGAUGCGUGGAGGGUGGAGCAUGAUUGGGAUUGA